AAAGAAGGGAAGGAAAAGAGAAGGAGACGAGAAAUGAAAAGAACGAGAUUAGUUUCAACUCCGUUGAGCAAAGAAAAGAAAAGAAAUCGCUGCGCCCCCACUUUUUGUCUGCUGGUUGGAUCGCCUCCUUCUCUCUCUUCAUCUCCAUGUAUACCUGCACACACACAUAUAUAUAAAAUUAAAUUUCCUGAGAAUUUGCCAUUUUUUAAAAUUUCUAAGUUUUAUUUCCGAGUCCGUCUUUGUGGUGUCCUACUGUCCUUCAUCGUUCCCCAAGCCAGAAAUAAAGUGAAAUUUUUGGGGAAAAAGAGGGAAAAAAGAGGGUGGGAGGAGAAGCACCAUUUGGGGGCUUCUGCAACUGCCUGCAAUAGGCUGGAAACCAGGAAUAUCCGGGAAUUUUUGGGAAAAUUGGAAGUGGGUCUGGAAGGAUCGGAUGUUUGGCGACGGGUACUGAUCGGUUCCCCUUAAUGGGAAUCGCGUCUGCAGCUGUUUUCUUUAAUUUUUGAUUGUUGGGCAUCUCGCAAUUGUUCGUUUUUUGGGUUUCUGUGAAGGUGGGUGGCUCGAGUUCCCGGAUUGGGGGCCGAUCGCGGUUGUUUUUGGGGUUGGUGAGGGAUGGUGGGCUUUUAGGGUUUUUGAUUACUGGAGUUUGUGAUGAAUUGAGGAUGAUGGUUUUCUGUUUCUCGGUGUUGGACUUCGAGAUUGGAGUAUUCUUGCUGGAAUUUCUGGGGGUUGGAUCGAGUUGAUGUUGUCUGUGAGGAGUAGGGAUGAAGAUAGGGGGUUCGGGAAGGAAAGGAGGGAGGGGCUAGGGUUUGGAGGUGCGGGGGAAAUGGAGGAGAGCGAGCUUGAAGAAGGCGAAGCCUGCUCCUACCGCGACGAGGAUUGUGGCGUCCAUGAGCCCAAUGUCGAUGUCGACUUGUCUUACAUUCAGCUUAUUCCUUCCCAGGACGACAGAAUAAGGAAUGUCUUAGGGCAUUUCCAGAAGGACUUUGAGGGCAGUGUCUGUGCAAAGAAUUUGGGGGCAAAAUUUGGUGAUUAUGGCUCCUUCUUGCCAACCUAUCAGCGCUCUCCUCUUAUUCUAUCGCAUUCUGGAGGUUCAGCAAGGAUUCAACAUUCUAGCACACCAAGUCGAGGAGACCAGCCAUCUGAGAGUACACGCCAGAGCCUCACACAUCAGGCAAGUGCUUCUCUCGCUGCUAGGUCUAUUCCAGCUCCAACUAGCACGCAGACAGUGGCAUCUGUGACUUCCUUGGAUGCCUCUGUUCGCAAAGACCCUGGAGCACAUGUUUCUAUUCAUUGUGCUGCAGAAUCUUCUCCAAAGCGCGAGCCUGUUAAAACCUCUAAUGGAAAUGGUCAAUCCCUAAAAGUACGAUUCAAGGUCCAGCAAGAAAAUAUUUCUGCAAGGAAUAAUGCAGAUAUUUACAGUGGCCUGGGCCUUAUUUCUCCAUCAUCAUCGCUUGAAGAUAGUUUGGAUUAUAGUGGAGAGUUAUCACCUGACAUUCGUGAGGCACCUGAUGAAUCCCCUAACACCAUACUUGAGGUUAUGACAUCCUUGGCUAUUCAGAAUGCUCCUUUGCUUUCUCCACUUUCUGAUGGUCUGUUGCACUUGAUGGAGAAAGAGAAGUUUCUUCAUAGGGAUGUUAAAUCUGGAACGGGACAAAAGAAUGGUACAGAUGCAGCAGCAGUAUUUGAUCUUCCUUCUGGUAAGGAUUUGAAAGGACAGACAGUAAGGACCAUAAGGCCUGUGGAUAAACCUGGAAAGUCUAAUGAAGUAAAUCACACAAGUUCCACAACUGAGGAGAAGAACAUCAGUCUAAUUGUUAAGAAGGAAUCAGAUGUUGAUGCAUUGGAUGGAAAGGAACGUGUUUUAGAUGCUUCAAAGCCUCUAUUACUGGCUAUAACAAGAGAGAAAGAAAAAGCCAAAAAGGUUGGGGAUAAGUCUGGGAAACCUGUUGAAGUCAAGCAUGCGAGCGAUACAUCUGAUGAGAAGGGUUUUGCCUCCUCAAUUAAGAAGGAAAUAAACAUCGAUGUACCAGAAGCUAUACAAGAAGAAGAACCAAAAGAAGUGCCAGCUAGCCCUGGCAUUAACAGGACUGGAAAAACUGAGAAUGAGAAAGUACCUGUGAAAGAGAAGCUAACUUUCAGAACCAACUUGUCAGGAAAACUACGGGAAGACCAAAAGGAGGUUAUUUUCAAGGAUAAUGCAGAGUUGAGGAAAGAUAUGAAAGUCAAAAAUGAUGUGAAGUUCAAUGCAUCCAAUGACUUUGUUCAAGAAAUAAAAUGUAGUAGCUCUUUUAUGGACUCUCCGAAACCCAAGAGUACUGAGAGACAUUUUGCACAUGAUACUGCUGAUCAAAAGGCAGAAGAAGGGAAGGACUUCCUUGUGAAGAAACAGAAGGAUAGCCAAAGCAACAGAAAACCUGCUUCAGAUUCAUCCAAAGAAAAAUCAAAAUCAGCUCCGUUUAAGCAUAGGAAAAAAGGCACACAUGGGGGGACGAUAUCCUUGAAACCCAUCGACUUGAUGAGAUUGAAGGAGUUAAACAAGAGAGUUGACAGGGAUUUCCAGAAUGGUUCAACAAGAGAUAUUAAGAAUGAACAUGUUGAGAGCAGGUUAGAUUCAUUCAACAGCUAUGUCGCAGAUAAAAUUGCAGUGAACCAUCCUGAGAGAGAACCCUAUGAACAUUUGGGAAAGCCAAAUGAGAGGAUAGAUGCAAGAAGGUUUGAAACUGUAUCUGAUAUUGGGUUGAAUGGUCAAGCUGCUGCUCCUUCUACUGCAGCAAAUGGUUUAGUGUCUGAUGCAGAUUCUGAUCACUGGGUUUGUUGCGAUAAAUGUCAAAAGUGGCGCCUACAUCCAGAGAAUAUAUCUUUGCCGAAGAAGUGGAUAUGCAGUAUGCAAAGUUGGUUGCCUGGACUGAACAAGUGCAGUGUCGCCGAACAGGAGGCAAUUAAUGCAUUCUAUGCAUUAUACAGAGUUCAGGAUCACCAAAAUGGGCUGCACGCACCAAGCUCUGGAACUGUAUCAGUUGCAACUUUAGCAGAUGGACAUUAUGAUGGCCAAGGUCAUGGACCAAGUUUAUUUUCUGACAGUGCCAUCCCAUCCAAUGGAAAGAAGAAACAUAUGGUAACGGAGACGCAAAAUAGUUUAAGCUUGACUGCCCCUUACUCUCUUCUAAAUACCACAAAAAAGAGUCAGCAAAACUCCAUCAAAAGUAGGAGUUUGAAUGAUGUGAAUCAGUGUCCUCCAGAUCCAACCCUUUUAAGCAAAGAUGGGAUGGUACCUGUGAUUAAGGAUGAUGAACACAGUCAUGGGAAGCAAAAGCAUAAACAGAAAGAGAAACAUAAAUUGCUGAAAAAUUACUCUAGUGGAGGUGAUAAACUUGAACAAGGUUUGCACUCAAAGUCCAAGUCUAAGAGAGAGUCUCAACUGGAUAAUCACAAUGCUUCCAAGAAAGUAAAGAUAGAUGUUCUACCACAUAUCAAUGAAGAAUGGAAUUCGAAGAAUGAAAUGAGAAGAAAGGCUAGCAACGGUAUCCCUACUAAACUAACCAGUGGUAGUGCUCAAAUGUACGAGGAUGACAAUAAGGAAUAUGAUAAUAAUUUUUCAAAAAAGUUGAAGGACCAAAGUCCCUAUCCAUUAGAUGGUGAAUGCAAGGUAGAUCCUGGUGCCAUAAGUACAGCAGAGCUUGAUAAAAAUGAAAUAGCAACAAAAAAGAGGAAAAUGAAAGAACGGCGGGAAAUUCAGGAGUUUGGAGAAGGCCCUAUUAACAAUGGACAUUGCUCUGAUGUUAGGGAUUCAGUAAAAGAGCUGGAGAGUGAGCAUAGACAGGAAAAGAAAAUCAAGUCAUCAAGAUCUGAUGGAAGAGAGUCAAGCACUAGCAAUGCUAGAACGGAAAGCAAAGUAAGAACCACACAAGUUGUGCUUGAUGUCACUGGAGAUCCCCCAUUUGAUGGAGCGGAAGAUGGUAGCAGAGGCCUAUACGAGAAAGAAUCUUUUCGAGGAAACAUGGUCUCUAAGAGGAUCUCUGAAGGGGCGGAUUCCUUAAAGAAGGAAGUGCAGCUUUCUGCUGGUGCUGCUUCAAGCUCCUCAAAGGUUUCUGGCUCUCGUAAAAUGAAAGUAAAUCCCCAGGAAAUGAAAGGCUCUCCUGUUGAGUCUGUUUCAUCUUCUCCUUUAAGGGUAUCCAGUCUAGAUAAGUCUGUUUCCAGAAAAAACUUUUCGGGGAUGGAUGAGGUAGUGAAUGCAGGUCUUGUGAGUCCACGACGCUCUUCAGAUGGAGAAGUGGAUGGUGGAAGCAGUCGUUCUGGUAGCAUCUUAAAGAAUAAAGUUUGUUUCGUGGAGCAUGCAUUGCAGGACAUCGAUAAGCUUGCUAGAUCUUCAGUUCUUGAUGGCCAUAGAGAGGCAUGUGACAGUCAAGGUGGAGACAAGAAAAACUGGAAACCUGGCAAUUCUAUUGAAUGCUGUACUAGCCACCUUGUUAACAGCAUUGAUGAACCGGGGCAGCAAAAUCAGCUUCCUGGUGGUACAAGGAUCAAGGACAACAAUUUAGAAAGGAAAAUUUGUGCUGUUGCAAAUGGAUCAGCUCAAACAAAGUCUGAAAAAGGGUCUUCAUCGCGAUUGAAGGACAAACAAUUGAUCGGUAAAUCAGAUUCUGGAAAAGGGAAAUUUAAGUCUUCUGAUUCUUGUGAUGAGGAUCAUGAACUUUAUUCCACAAAGAAUGCUGGUGAUAUCAUUGUUAAUGCACACGAUGGAUCCUUGUUUCAUGAAGAACUAAGGGAUGACAUUUCUCGAUACAAGGGUAAAACCAAGUCUGAUAAGGACGCGAAUUCCCUUGAAAUCAAGGACUCAGUAAAAUGUUCAGGUGAAAAGAAGAGAGAUGUCCAUUCUAUGAUCACUCAUCAUGAGAAUUCAGAUAUUCGGGGUUCUUUUCCAUCUGCUAAGCAGCCAUCUGAUUUAGUCACUGGAAAGGUCAAGGGAAUUCACAACAUCAACAAGGAUGGAGGAUCUGGUUUGCAGCAAACUUUUCAGCCUCUGAUAUCAAGGGAGGAUAAAAGGUCAUUAAGCCCUUCUCUCCCAGACAGAACAGACCGAGACUUGGCUUCUGCCAAAGGAAACACAAAGUCAUUCUCUCUGUCUGAGGACAAACUGGAACGUCCAAGAGACACAUUUUCAUCUCAUAUGGGAACCAAGGUAGAGGGUUUCUCAGCUAAUGCAUCUAAUGGUGAUGGAGCAAAGUUGUUGAAGCAGCCCAAGAGACCUGAUGGCUCAACCAUGAUUAAUAAUGGUAAUCUGCGGCAUCCUGCAGUUAAUGGUGUUAUGAGCAGGGAAGUAGAUAUCAGAAGCCCGGUUAGAAAGGAAAAUGGUCAUGCUGCUAUAAAAGAAGCUAAGGAUCUUAAGCACUCUGCUGACCGUUUGAAGGAUGGUCCAGAGCUCGAAAGUAUGAGCCUGUACUUUGGUGCAGCAUUGAAGUUUCUUCAUGGAGCCUCUCUAUUGGAACCCAACGACACAGAUGUUGCAAAGCAAGGGGUUGACUAUUCAAUUCUUGUCUAUCUUGAUACUGUGAAAUUGUGCGAGUUUUGUGCUCGUUUUUAUGAAAAGCGUAAGGAUUUCGCUGCUGCUGCACUAGCAUACAAGUGCAUCGAAGUGGCUUAUAUGAGGGUUAUCUUCUUAAAGCACGGGCGUGCAAACAGAGUUCGCCUUGAGUUGCAGGCAGCGUUACCUAAUCUUCCUGGUGAGUCACCGUCAUCUUCAGCUUCAGAUGUUGAUAAUUUGAAUAAUCCUGGAAUACCAGAAAAGGCACUUCAGGUGAAGGGAGUUGGUUCUCCUCAAAAACCAUCUAGCCUUGUUAUUAACUCUCGCAAUCGCCGUAGCAUUGAUUACUUGCUCAACCUGGCAACUGAUGUGAGCUCAGCGAUGGAUGCUUUAAAGAAAUCUCAAAGUGCAUUCGCAGCUGCUAGUGGAAGUUCAGGGGAAGCUCAAUACGGACCUGAAGGCAUGCCUUCUGUGAGGAAAGCCAUUGAGUUCAACUUCCAUGAUGUCGAAAGGUUACUGCUUCUAGUACGUGUGGCAAUGGAGAAAAUUAAACGCUAGGUGUUUGGUGAUGAUGGUAUGUGAUCUGUGAAUAAACUACUCUCUGGAUCAUACCGGAGAAUGGGCAAAUCAUGGAACCAACACGUCAUUUUUGUUCAUGCCAUCUUCUUCCGAAGGACACUACCGCAUGUACAAAGAGUUUUCUCACUUGGGAGGUAAUGAUGCAGUGUACACCACCAUCCUUCUACACCUAUUGCCUGGAGUGCUUCAAAAUCUUGAGCUGGGAUGAUACUUGGUGCAUAUAUGAGCUGGUGGGAUUUGUUUGAGCAUCGAAAAUUCGGGCUCCAAAAGUAGAAUCAAACCAAAAGUUCAUGCAAUACAUAUCCUCUUUUGCAUGGUUCAUAUGUGGUCUAUUUUGAAGUUCAGUGAAAAGAACGUGACUUUAAUCAUCUGUAUCUGUUACUUUCUGAUGGCAAACGGAAGGGGAAGAAAAGAAAAGCAGGAAGCUCCAGGAGGAUUUAGUGCAGUAGGUUUGAUGCAUUGUGCCUAAACUUCAGUGUUUUGGGCAGGUGUCGAACUGAGGCCAUGUUGGGAUUGUGUCCGGUGCUAGGAAUAUGGAGUUCAGAAGGCCUAAUACUAACCUAAUUCAUUUCUUGAAGUUCUGCGAUGCUUUGAGUUGGAAAGGACCAGGCUUGUUAAAUUGUGCAUAUACUAACUAUUAGAGGGGAGACUGCUGUUGUUUUGGACCUGUGUAUCUAGACCCUUGCAGAACUGGCAAUUCUUACAGGUAAAAAAUGUGUUUCGUGUCUCUAAAGCAGAAAAAAUUGCACUGCUGUAAAUUCACUCUCGCCAAACACAUCUACAAAUAAACACAUGCAUCUAUUAUUGAUUCAAGCGUGUGUACAUGCAUGCAUGUGUUCCGCUGCGCUGUGACAAAGGGCAUAAGUAAAUGUGAUCUCCCUUUCAGGUCAGAGGACAGGUUCUGGAGGUGACCAAUUUUUGUAGCAGGUGGCUCAGGCCACCAGCCAAGGAAACUGUAUCAAAGUGUACAAAAAGGGAAAUCGGAAAAAUGACAUUUCCUGACUAAUGUAUCAUAAGAACAUUUUUAUUCUUUUCCCAAAUAAAAUCCCUGCGCUGGUUAGCGCCCAUGAAUUAGAGAAA